CGAUGGACCACUUUAAUUGGCAUUCCUUAAUAUUUCACUCGAGGUGGAGGCGUAGAGCGUCUUCUCUUCCACAGGCCGCUCUUUCAGAUCCGCGUUCCGAGAAGCGCUUAGCUAGUCGGGUCCGGGUGCGGCACUGUAGGCACACCGAGACGAAACAGAAGGCUGCACUACAUCAACGGCUAUCUUGUCACAGCCAUGUCACUGAAAGGAAAGACAGCCUUCAUCACGGGCGCCAGCCGAGGCAUCGGUCUUGAGAUCGGCAAGGCUCUUGCCAGACGAGGGGCCAACGUCGCGGUGGCUGCCAAGUCGGCGGAGCCGCACCCCAAGCUGCCGGGCACGAUCCACACUGCAGUGGAGGAGAUCAAUGCGUUGGGAGACAGCAGCCGGACGGGCGCCAAGGGCCUGGCCAUCCAGCUCGACGUCAGAGAUGAAAAGGCAGUGCAGGAUGCCAUCGAUAAAACACGGGGCACGUUUGGCAACCUCGACAUCGUCGUGAAUAAUGCCUCUGCCAUUAAUAUGAAACCUACCGUUGAGGCGUCGACAAAGAGCUACGACUUGAUGAACAACAUCAACGCCCGCGGGACCUGGCUUGUCUCGCGAUUUGCCCUUCCCCACCUGCUUGAGUCCGCAUCGGCUGCGCGAAACCCGCACAUCCUCACGCUGUCGCCCCCGCUCGGCUACUCGAUGUUCUCGACCUCCCCGCUCUUGGGCGCCUGGCCGGACCAGUUUGCCCAGACGGCGAGCGCCUACACGGUGGCCAAAUUCGGCAUGAGCCUGGCCACCUUUGCCCUGGCGGGCGAGACAAAGGGCAGAGUAGGCUGCAAUGCCCUCUGGCCAUACACGCUCAUCGGCACGAGCGCCAUGAAGGUCGUGAGCCGCAAUGCAGAGACAGAAGAGAAGCGCUGGAGAAGUCCCGAGAUUGUCAGCGAGGCGGCCAUUCGCAUGCUCGAGGAAGACGGAAGCAAGUUUACGGCCCAAUGGAUCCUCGAUGAGGUGUACCUUCGCAGGCAGCAUGGCUUCAGCGACCGGGACAUCGCGGCCUUUUCUCUUGGCGGCGAGGACACGCCCCUCGACUCACUGGCAGAAGACCUGUACAUCUCGCAGGAGAUGCGUGAUGAUAUAAAGAAGGCGAGGGCCGGCGACGCCGCGUAGAGCGGGCGGGUGCACAAUGAGAUUGCGAUCCAGCAAAGACAUGAUAUUCACGCGAGCGGAGGAGAGAGAGAAAGAGAGACAAUUCUUGAUGAUACACAGAGAAGGAGAGUGCAGAGGCAGAUGAGAGGAAAAAGUCGUGGCAGAGAGUAGUAGUACAGCGAGUUCAAGAUCAAGGCGAAGAAGCAGGGGAAUUUGAAGAAGAACGUAGAAAAGCCAGAGUGGAUCGGGUCAGAAGAACGAGCUUAGGUACUCCUCUUGGGAGAUGGCACCGGCGUGGAACUUGGCGGUCGGAGACUCUGGCUCUUCGUUGGCAGCCAGGAAGGCGUCAAAGUGAGGAGAAGAAACAGGCGCACUUCGCUCCGCCGCUGCAAAAAUUCUCUCGUGUUCU